AUGCAGACCUGUCUCCACACAGUGACCUGUCCACUGAAGAGGUUAGACACACCUCUCCACACAGUGACCUGUCCACUGAAGAGGUUAGACACACCUCUCCACAGGUCCACUGAAGAGGUUAGACACACCUCUCCACAGAGUGACCUGACCACUGAAGAGGUUAGACACACCUCUCCACACAGUGACCUGUCCACUGAAGAGGUUAGACACACCUCUCCACACAGUGACCUGUCCACUGAAGAGGUUAGACACACCUCUCCACACAGUGACCUGUCCACUGAAGAGGUUAGACACAGCUCUCCACACAGUGACCUGUCCACUGAAGAGGUUAGACACACCUCUCCACACAGUGACCUGUCCACUGAAGAGGUUAGACACACCUCUCCACACAGUGACCUGUCCACUGAAGAGGUUAGACACACCUCUCCACACAGUGACCUGUCCACUGAAGAGGUUAGACACACCUCUCCACACAGUGACCUGUCCACUGAAGAGGUUAGACACACCUCUCCACACAGUGACCUGUCCACUGAAGAGGUUAGACACACCUCUCCACAGAGUGACCUGUCCACUGAAGAGAAGCCAACGGAGGACAGUAAACCUACUGACACAGAGGAGAGUCCAGAGGGAGAAAAAGGUCAAGAGGAGGAGACUGCAGUAGCUGAGAACUCCACAGAGGAACAAGGUGAUGACAACGAAGAUAUUACUAAAACCACCGAGGAACACGCUGAUAACAAGGACGAUAUUACUAAAACCACCGAGGAACAAGGUGAUAACAAGGAAGAUAUUACUAAAACCACAGAGGAACAAGGUGAUAACAACGAAGAUAUUACUAAAACCACCGAGGAACAAGGUGAUAACAAGGAAGAUAUUACUAAAACCACAGAGGAACAAGGUGAUAACAAGGAAGAUAUUACUAAAACCACAGAGGAACAAGGUGAUAACAACGAAGAUAUUACUAAAACCACCGAGGAACAAGGUGAUAACAAGGAAGAUAUUACUAAAACCACCGAGGAACAAGGUGAUGACAACGAAGAUAUUACUAAAACCACCGAGGAACAAGGUGAUAACAACGAAGAUAUUACUAAAACCACAGAGGAACAAGGUGAUAACAACGAAGAUGUUACUAAAACCACUGAGGAACAAGGUGAUAACAACGAAGAUGUUACUAAAACCACAGAGGAACAAGGUGAUAACAAGGAAGAUAUUACUAAAACCACAAAGGAACAAGGUGAUAACAACGAAGAUGUUACUAAGAGGAUUACCACAGAGGAACAAGGUGAUAACAAGGAAGAUAUUACUAAAACCACAGAGGAACAAGGUGAUAACAACGAAGAUAUUACUAAAACCACAGAGGAACAACGUGAUAACAACGAAGAUAUUACUAAAACCACAGAGGAACAAGGUGAUAACAAGGAAGAUAUUACUAAAACCACAGAGGAACAAGGUGAUAACAACGAAGAUAUUACUAAAACCACAGAGGAACAAGGUGAUAACAACGAAGAUAUUACUAAAACCACAGAGGAACAAGGUGAUGACAAGGAAGAUGUUACUAAGAGGAUUACCACCGAGGAACAAGGUGAUAACAACGAAGAUAUUACUAAGAGGAUUACCACAGAGGAACAAGGUGAUAACAACGAAGAUGUUACUAAAACCACAGAGGAGGACUCAGACAGUGUGGUUGGGGAGAAGAGCCUGUAGACCAAGCCACAGGGAAGUCUGGAGAACCUGGUCCUGGAGAAAUGAAGGAUGGAGAGGGGAAGGGGAGAGAGAAGGAGGAGGAUGAGGCACCGGAUAAAGCUGAGGAGGUUGGAGAAGCAGGGGAUGACGGUCCAUCUUCAACAGAUGGAAAAGACUAGAAAGAGAAAGUGGAUGGAGGAAGACGAGAUGAUUCAUACCAUGUGGAAAAGAAAGAUGAGGAGGAAGUAGACAAGGAACCUGGAACUGAGACAGAUUCUGAGACAGAGGAGGGAGGAAGUAGAUAAGGAACCUGGAACUGAGACAGAUUCUAAGACAGAGGAGGGAGGAAGUAGAUAAGGAACCUGGAACUGAGACAGAUUCUGAGACAGAGGAGGAAGGAA